CAAGGUAUGUCUGGUCUUGAACUUUCUCUAGUGUUAAAAGCCCUUUUAUUUCUUUUUACAUGUCAACAAGUGGUUAAGGCAGGGUGGAGAAUUCUGGACAAAAUUCAAGACAGUCUAUCAGAAGUAAAGCGGGGAGAGAGAGCAGGAAAAAAGAGGAAACAUGGUGCACCAAAUAAGUAUACAGGCCUUUCCACGGGUCUUGAACCCGAGGAAAAGUUAAUGUCAGGGAAAAAUACCUGGGGAGAGAUUAGAAGGAAAGAGGAGAAAAGAGACGAGUUUAAAGAGCCAGUUCUUAGUAGCUGUGAAUCAGAUGAAGAAAUUAGCCCUUCUGAGGAAACAGACUUGGAGGAGGAAGCAGCUCGUUAUGAGAGAGAAAUGCGAGCUUAUAGGUCAAGAAAGAAGCCAAAAGUGGCUGGCAAAGGCCAGCUUGCUGCUCGACCUCUGGGCAGUCGGCUUCAAAGUCAUAGUGCACCUCCGCCCUAUGCGGAGCCCCCGCCCUGCGUAGUGUGUCAGCCCUGCGCAGAGAGACAGUGCGCGGACUCGUUAAGAGAGGCACAAAGGAAGAUACAACAGGCAUUUCCGGUCUUUGAAGGAACCGAGGGUGGGCGUGUUCACGCUCCGGUAGAUUAUACACAGAUUAAAGAGCUUGCUGAAUCGGUCCGUAAAUAUGGAGCCAAUGCUAAUAUUACCUUGGUGCAGUUAGACAGGCUUGCCGGCAUGGCACUAACUCCUGCAGACUGGCAAAUGAUUGCAAAAGCAGCUCUCCCCAGUAUGGGCAAAUAUACGGAAUGGAGAGCACUAUGGCAAGAGGCUGCACAAACGCAGGCCCAAGCAAAUGCUGCCGCUUUGACUCCAGAGCAGGGAGAUUGGACCUUUGAGCUGUUAACGGGUCAGGGAGCUUAUACCGCUGAUCAAACAAAUUAUCACUGGGGAGCUUAUGCCCAAAUUUCCUCCGAGGCUAUUAAGGCCUGGAAGGCGCUCUCCCGAACAGGUGAAGCCACUGGACAAUUAACAAAGAUACAGCGGCUGAACGUCAUUGUUCAGAGCCAGAUAGGCCCAAAGAAAUGGUUAAAUGGAAAGAUGUUUUAAGUAACAAAUGGAAAGGACCGGAUCCUAUUUUGAUAAGAUCCAGGGGAGCUGUUUGUGUUUUUCCACAGAAUGAAGACAACCCAUUUUGGAUACCAGAAAGACUCACCCGAAAAAUCCAGACUGACCAAGGGAAUCCUGAUGUCCCUCAUCGUGGUGAUGCCCAGGGCGACAACAACAAAGGGAGAGCAGCGUUGGGAGAUACAGAAUUGGACGGCUAAAUUUGAACAGACCCUUCAAAAAUUGAGACUUGCCCCACGCACUUGGACCUGUCCCUGACCUAAGGACUAUCUUCUCAACAUUUUCCUUCUUUAAAGAAUGGGUGGGGGUGGGAUUAUUUGGAGCUGUUCUUUGCUGUGGAUUAGGGUUGCUUCUCUGGUUGGUCUGUAAGCUUAAGGCCCAAACUAGGAGAGACAAGGUGGUUAUUUCCCAGGCGCUUGCAGCACUAGAACAUGGUGCUUCCCCUGAUAUAUGGUUAUCUAUGCUUAAGCAAUAGGUCGCUGGCCACUCAGCUCUUGCACCCCACGAGGCUAGUCUCAUUGCACAGGAUAGAGUGAGUGUGCUUCAGCAGCCCGAGAGAGUUGCACGGCUAAGCACUGCAGUAGAAGGGCUCUGUGGCAUAUAUGAGCCUAUUCUAGGGAGACAUGUCAUCUUUCAAGAAGGUUGAGUGUCCAAGUGUCCUUCCCCCAGGAAAAACGACACGGGACCAGACCAGGACCCCUCCGGGUGAUGAGCCUGGGAGGAGGUUUUGUGUACAGCUCCUUUACCUGCACACUGGGGAUUUGACCUCUAUCUCCACUCUCAUUAAAAUGGGUGGCCUAUUGCUCUUAAAUAAAAGAAAAGGGGGAGAUGUAAGGAGCUGCCCUCA